AUCUUUCCUUCCGACAGCCAAUCAUCUCGCGAAAAACGCGUUUAUGUCCGUCGUUUCUUUAUUGCUCACUUCGACUCGUUCGCCGCGGUUGUUUCAAUAUACACGUCACUGUUACUGGGAGGUUAGAACAUGUCAGCUCUUGGAAUGUGUGGUUUAUCUUCCCGAAAAUAGUUACGCGUGACGAUCAGAAUGUUUCGUUCAACGAGGGGUUUGAUCUUUACGUUGCAUCGCGCGAAAAAUUUGCAUACAUGCGGUCAACGAUUGUCGGAAGUCGCUGCCGAAAAUGAAUCUCCCAUCACGGAUGAGUACAAAAAGGGUCAGAUAAGGGAGCAGGAGAGGGCUCUUUACUUGGACGCCCAAGCUACCACUCCACUGGACCCCCGAGUAUUGGAUAAGAUGAUGCCAUAUCUGACUGUGUAUCAUGGCAACCCACAUUCCAGAACUCACAUGUAUGGCUGGGAAGCAGAAGAGGCAGUUGAGCAUGCUCGCCAGCAAGUUGCAAACCUGAUAGGAGCGAACGAGAAGGAAGUGGUAUUUACAUCCGGAGCAACGGAAUGUAAUAAUAUUGCUGUAAAGGGUACAGCAAGGUUCUAUAAAUCCAAGAAAAAUCAUGUUGUAACAACCCAGAUAGAGCACAAAUGCGUACUGGAUUCCUGUAGAGCCUUGGAAAUGGAAGGUUUUGAUGUAACAUACAUUUCUGUGAAACCAAAUGGUCUUAUUGAUCUCGAUGAAUUAGAAGCAGCCAUUAGACCGACUACAUCACUAGUUUCUAUAAUGAUGGUAAAUAAUGAAAUUGGUGUUCAGCAGCCUAUUGAAGAAAUUGGCAAAAUUUGUAGGAAGAAAAAGGUUUUCUUCCACACAGAUGCUGCACAAGCCAUAGGCAAAAUACCAAUUGAUGUUAACACUAUGAAUAUUGAUCUCAUGUCUAUCAGUGGUCAUAAAUUAUAUGGUCCAAAAGGUAUUGGAGCCCUAUAUGUUAGAAGAAGGCCGCGAGUACGUGUGGAGCCGUUGCAAAGUGGCGGUGGGCAAGAAAGAGGAAUGAGAAGCGGUACUGUGCCAACACCUUUGGCUGUAGGAUUGGGCGCCGCAUGCGAGUUAGCGCAAAUAGAAAUGGAUUACGAUCACAGAUACAUCAACAUGUUGUCGAAUCACCUGAUCGAGAAGAUAAUGUCGAACUUGCCGCAAGUCGUGCGAAACGGCGAUCCUGUGGCCUGGUAUCCUGGCUGUGUGAAUCUUUCGUUUGCUUGCGUGGAGGGUGAAUCUCUGUUAAUGGCUUUGAAGAAGGUAGCGCUGAGCAGCGGUUCAGCUUGCACCAGUGCUAGCUUGGAACCCAGCUACGUGCUGAGAGCAAUUGGUGCUUCAGAGGAUCUAGCUCACUCCAGUAUUAGAUUCGGUAUUGGACGAUUUACAACGUUCGAGGAAGUUGAAUACACGGCAGACAGUACGAUACAGCAAGUAAACCGUCUUCGGGAGAUGAGCCCAUUGUGGGAGAUGGUGCAAGCUGGUAUCGACUUGAGCACUAUCAAAUGGACUCAGCACUAGUGCCUCAUUAUCGCGUUACAACUUUUACGAACUUAAGUAUAUACAUAUAGUAUGUAUAUUGAUCAAGUGUAUAAUAUGAUAUCGAUCGCAGAUCACAUUAAUAGGACAAGCUUAAUCGAUUAAGGUAUAAUUUCGCAACGUACAAUAAAUUUAUAAUUGAGAAA